GCCCCCGACGGAGAAGUUCCCGAGACUCACCUCACCAGUCAACUCACCAAAUUACGCUGAUCCCGACUAAGCGGCCUUUUGAUUUGGUCGAGGCUGAUUGGAGUGGACCUUCGGGGUCCGCGACCACGACUUGUAGCAUGGCGAAGACGAGUCGAAGCAGCAGCGAGGAUCGAAAUGAAGAAGACUACACAGAAAUCGGCCUCAUGCCGGUCUGUUCGCACCUGAAUAAGGCUCUGUCUGUGCCCCAUCUAAGGAAAGCAGCGAAUGGAGGGGAGCUCGCCGAUAUGACGAAAUGUAAAGAUUGUGACAAAGAGGAGAACGACCGGGAGAAGGAAGUCGAAGAAGAGAAACCCAAUGGCGCCGAUCUACCCGAAGACAUACAGAACACCAUGCAGGCAAUCUGGGUCUGCCUACAGUGUGCGAACCGGGGUUGCUCAAGAUAUACGCCCCAUCGCCAUGCAGAGCGACAUCAGAAUAAGCCUCGAUCCGAUUCCCACGACGUCGCGGUCAACAUUGCCUCGUGGCAAGUGUGGUGCUACCGUUGCAACGACUACAUAAACCCGGCUCAAACGAAAUCGCUCGCACAGGCAAUCCAGAUGCUGCAAAAUCUGCAAGCGAAACCUGACAAGUCUAAGAGCGUGAAGGCCUUCCAGCAAGCGCCGACCCAACGGUGUUCCGCUAGUAACGCGAGAUUUCCCAUGUUUGCAGAGGCCAACGCUGCAGACGGCCAGCCGAACACCCUCGCUUCGGACCCCGGGACAUCGGCAUCGGAGAAAACGGUUCCCGAUGUGAUCGGCGGUGUCAGAAUUAGAGUACUCGAAACGCAACUAGAUAAUCUGAGGAAGCCGAAGGGCUUGUCCAACUUAGGCAACACGUGUUUUUUCAAUUCGGUGAUGCAGAACCUCGCGCAAACGCACUUGCUGACCGACGCAUGCCUCGCCGCCGUCAAGGAUGAUAAACAGUGGACGGUACAGCCGCUGGGGAAGGCUUCUGUCAUAAGAGACAUGAAGACUCUCGAGUUGGCAUUGGGGGAGCCGGGCGAGCUCACUCUGGCUCUAGCGGAAUUUUUUAAAGAAUUCUUAUAUGGAUCGAAGGAGGUUUUCUCACCCGGUAGUUUGUUCCACGAAGUUUGUGUCAAGUCCCCUCAAUUCAGGGGCUACCAGCAGCAAGACAGCCAAGAGCUGUUGCGACACUUGUUCGAAGGAGUUUUCAACGAGGAAAGCAAACGCAUGAAGUCGGCGAUUCUCGCCAAGUUUGGAUUGAAGAAGAGCGUCGCACCCGAGAGUGUGAAGCCGCACAUCAAGCAGCAGAUCGAUUCGUACAAGAAGCAGACGCAUCACACUUUCCUAGAGACAGUGUUCGGAGGUCUCCUGAUAAAUACAAUUUUGUGUCUUCAAUGCCGGAAGUCUUCUCAGAACUUCGAGCCUUUUGUGGAUCUAUCCCUGCCGAUCGUUGCGCCAAAGAAGAAGAUCGUUCCUCAACGGAAACCCGAUCCGAUGAUGGACGAACUAGAGGAAAUGUACAGUGGAACUAGGAAAGAUGGUCCGUCGAAGCAUCAGUUGAAAAGCGCUAAAAGACAAAAAAAGAAGCAACAACGGAACCGUCGCGAUGCGGCUCGCAAGAACUCGCUCUCGUCCGAGGUGUCGCCUUCCUCGAAAGAGGGGAGUCCUUCGCACUCGAACUCUCCGGACGACGAUCACAGGGACAACGGUGACAGAAGCUCAUCCGAGAAGAGUGCCAGCGAUGCAGAAGGCGAAGGAGAACCGAACGCGGCGAAGGCUAGCGCGGACGAUGAGCCAGAGGUUAAAGAAGUCGAUUCCAUCCUGGCGAAGGUCGGUGAGAUCGGAAUCAAUCAGCGGCGACGAUCAAGUAACGAAAAUCAAUCAGAGAUCGACAGCGGCGUCGGAUCCAUUUGCCCGGACGACGAAGAAGACGAGCUGAUACAGAAGCACAAGGAUGUUUGGAAGGAGCUUUCCUUGUCGACUCUAGGCGACCGAUCUCAUUGCACGAGCUCAGAAGCUCUGGGUCCUGCGGAUCACUCGGUGGUGUCCUGUCUGGCUGCGUUCACAGAUCUCGAGGUUCUGUCCGGCAAAAACAAGUUCGGCUGUGACCAUUGCACUGAAGAACAUGGCAAGCCGGGAAAGAAUGGCAAGAAAGAGCGAGUUUACACAAAUGCUCAAAUGCAGGUCUUAGUGCUGAUCCCUCCCGCGGUACUGACGCUUCAUCUCAAACGAUUCAUUCAGUACGGCUUCCGACUGAGUAAAAACAGCGUCCAAGUGUCGUUCCCAAAAGUACUUGACCUCGCGCCGUACUGCAGCAAAGCUUGCAUCAAUCUUCCGUCGAUGAAGCCUGGCCAAACCAAAAUCCUCUACAGUUUGUACGGUAUCGUGAAGCACGAUGGCGGACUCCAUGGUGGUCACUACGUCGCCUACGUCAAAGUAAGACCCAACACGAAAGCAGGAGAGAAGUUCCUCCAGCCGCUGCCUCUGAAGAUGGGACUCGAUGACCUGAUCCGUGAAAUGCAUCGGAGAUGCGAGAACCAGGACGCCGCCUCCGAAUCAGCCAGUCAGAGCACCUCUCAAGGCUACGCCAGUGACGAGGCGAGCGAUGGGGCAGCAACGGCAGAUUCGGUGAUCGAUGACGAGGAGGAAGUCGCGAUCCCAGAUGGACGGUGGUAUCACAUAAGCGACUCAAGCGUCCGCAUUGUUCCGGAGUCGGCCGUUCUCAAUGCGGAGGCGUACCUUCUAUUCUACGAAAGACUCACCUAGGCUUAUACGAACGGAACCAAUGAAUAAUUCACAACAUUAUCCUGAUUGAAAA